AUGGAUACCGUUGGUAAGACUAUAAAAUGCAGAGCGGCAAUUGCUUGGGAGCCCAAAAAACCAUUGAAAAUUGAAGAAAUUGAAGUUGCACCACCGAAAGAAUGUGAAGUACGAAUAAAAGUUCUGUACACUGCGAUAUGUCAUACUGACGCUUAUACAUUGGGUGGUGAUGAUCCGGAAGGAGUGUUUCCGUGUAUUCUUGGACAUGAAGGUGCUGGCAUAGUGGAAAGUGUUGGUAGUAAUGUGACAUGUGUGAAACGCGGGGAUCAUGUUAUUCCGUUAUAUACACCACAGUGUAAGGAAUGUAAAUUCUGCCGUAAUCCGAAAACAAACUUGUGUCAACGGAUUCGGAUAACACAGGGACAAGGUUUAAUGCCCGAUAAAACGACGCGCUUUUCUCAACGUGGCAAUACAAUAUAUCACUUUAUGGGAUGCAGUACUUUUAGUGAGUAUACUGUUGUAUCACAGUAUUCUCUCUCGAAGGUACCGUAUAAUGCACCGCUGGAUAAGCUUUGUUUGCUUGGCUGUGGUGUUUCAACCGGUUAUGGAGCAGUAGUAAACACUUGCAAAGUUGAAUCAGGUUCUACCGUUGCAGUUUGGGGCCUUGGUACUGUUGGGUUAGCCGUCAUUAUGGGAGCUCGAAUUGCUGGCGCCAGGUUGAUCGUGGGAAUUGAUACGAACGAAAAAAAAUUUGAGAAAGCUAUUGAAUUUGGCGCAGAUGAAUGCAUUAAUCCAAAUGAUAUCCCAAAGGAUCAGCCAUUGCAAGUAUUCCUCGUAAACAAAUAUGAUGGUGGCUUCGAUUAUACCUUUGAAUGCAUCGGACUUGUUGAAACAAUGCGUCAAGCACUGGAAGCGGCACAUAAAGGCUGGGGUAUGUCUUGCAUCAUUGGUGUUGCUGCGGCAGGGAAGGAAAUAUCAACGCGUCCUUUCCAGUUAGUUACUGGUCGUACAUGGAAAGGAUCGGCUUUUGGAGGAUGGAAAAGUGUUGACGGUAUUCCGAAACUAGUUGAUGAGUAUCAAAAAGGUAAAAUAAAACUGGAUGAAUUCAUUACCAACCGUUAUGAUCUAGCAGAAAUCAACACAGCCUUUGAAGCGUUACAUUCAGGCGGCAGCUUGCGCUCAAUUGUAAAAGUUAGUGAAAUCUGA